AGGCAGGUCAGCAGCGCUCCAUGUUGCGGCGCUGCGUGGCACUGGGCACCGACUGGCUCUGACUGCACCACACACACAUGACUUUAGUUGUGAAUGGCCCCGGCACUCGGCACAUUUGGCGGGCGGGAAGAAGCAGCCGUCAGUCCGGGCAGAGCUACCUGCUGCAGACCGUGCUUGCGCCGCGUAAUAGUUACACCCAUGGGUGUCGCUACUGUGACCGUCUCCUGCGUUUGGACUGAAUGUGGCAGCCGCGUUGAUCGGUGCAGUUAUUUUCAGAGUCGAGCUAUUUCGGAGCGUUUGGAAACGUGCAGACUGCUCGGGUGAUUUGGAUUGAGGAGCCGCACGGAGCGCUGCAGCAGACACGGUACAGCACCGGAGCCGCAGCAGCAGCAGCAACAGCAGCAGCAGCAGAGGAGGCACGGGUGUGAUGCCAAAAACUGGCCAGAAAAACAAAGGUUCAAGUCAAGGAAAGAGAACUGUUGGGUGUCCCCUCUGGAGAGGGCUCGGGACUGUGGUUCAGCCCAGCGAAAUGUAGCGCCUCACUGCCCUCAAAGCCGGAUUUGGAGACCUGCCUGCUGUCUACUCAUGAUUUCUCUGUAGUCUAGUCCAGGGCAUCUGCUGCAGUCAUGUUUAGGAACAGCUUGAAGAUGUUGCUGACGGGAGGGAAGGCCAACCGCAAGAGUCGCAGCAGUGAUGGUGGGAGCGAGGACUUGGCAGACCCCCGCUCGCCCAGUCUAGACCCUCACCUGAGCCACGUUGGCCAAGGUGGCAGCAUAGACAGCGACUGUGCCUUUGAAGGAGACUACGCCGUGCCCCCGCUCUCGAUGACCGAGGGCAUGCAGCACAUUCGCAUAAUGGAGGGCGUGUCACGCUCGCUGCCCUCCUCCCCGCUGCUCACCCACCAGACCAUCAGUGUCAGGCUGCAGCCCGUGAAGAAGCUCACAGCCCCUCUGCGGAAAGCAAAGUUUGUGGAGAGCCCUCGCAUUCCACAAUCAGAGCUUGGCUCCCCUACACACACCUCCACCACUGCCAAGAAUCCAGACCUGGACACAUACUGCCCUGGGGAGUCAAGCCAGGAGCUGGGCCCCCCUCCGUCGGUGGAUGAGGCAGCCAACACAUUGAUGACGCGCCUGGGUUUCCUUCUGGGAGACAAAGUGAGCGAGGGGCCAGCCGGUACCCAGUACAGCAUGGAGGAACCCGAGGCGAGACAGGGCCAGAACCAGAGGAUCAGCCCGUGCUCCACCCUGACCAGCAGCACUGCCUCACCCCCUGCAGGCAGCCCCUGCUCCACCCUCCCUCCUGCCAUGCCUGGCCAGGCCGGCAACAAGGACUGCGCCUACGGCUCUGUCACCAGUCCCACCUCGACACUGGAGAGCAGGGACAGCGGGAUUAUCGCCACACUGACCAGCUACUCGGAGAACAUGGAGCGAGGCGGAAAAUACGGCGAGGGCUCCCGGGGAAACCUGAAGCUGUGGCAGUCCCAGAAAUCAGGCAUGGACUCGUUCCUGUACAGGGUGGAUGAAAACAUGACCGCCUCCACCUACAGCCUCAACAAAAUCCCUGAGCGCAACCUGGAGAGCAUGUCCUCCCACUCUGCCCACUCCAUCCCUCUGUACCUCAUGCCCCGCCCUAACUCUGUGGCUGCCACCAGUUCAGCCCACCUGGAGGACCUGGCAUACCUGGAUGAGCAGAGACACACUCCAUUACGCACCUCGCUGCGCAUGCCCCGACAGAGCACCACCUGCGGGCCGGGUCGCUCCGGGCAGGACCUGAGAGCUUCCGCUAAUAACACCCAUGCCUGGCAAUCCCAGUCACUGCGUUUUGCACCCUAUCGGCCUCAAGACAUCGCCCUCAAGCCUCUGCUGUUUGAGGUGCCGAGCAUCACCAUGGACUCCGUCUUCACGGGCCGCGAGUGGCUCUUCCAGGAGAUCGAUGCCCACCUCAACAGCCCCAACGCCAGCACCAACCGCGGCGUGGCGGUCGUCGGCAACAUCGGCUUCGGCAAGACCGCGAUAAUCUCUCGCCUGGUGGCGCUGAGCUGCCACGGCACCCGCAUGAGACAGAUCGCCUCCGACAGCCCUCAGGCCUCACCCAAACAUGGAGAGGGGCUCCCUCUCACUCAGCCCCAGCCCACGCAUGGCACCCUGGGAGGAGGCAGCUGUCCCGGGACCCCUGAGAUGAGGCGACGUCAGGAAGAAGCCAUGAGGAGGCUGGCAUCUCAGGUGGUGGCGUACCACUACUGCCAGGCAGAUAACGCCUACACCUGCUUGGUGCCGGAGUUUGUGCACAACGUGGCGGCUCUGCUGUGCCGCUCGCCGCACCUUGUCGCCUACAGGGAGCAGCUGCUGAGGGAGCCGCACCUACAGAGCAUCCUCAGUCUGCGCUCCUGCGUCCAGGACCCGCUGGCCUCCUUCAGGAGGGGCGUCCUAGAGCCCCUGGAUGCACUUUACAAAGAGAGGAAGAUCAGCUCUGAGGAGGACCUCAUCAUCCUCAUAGACGGUCUGAAUGAAGCAGAGUUCCACAAGCCAGACUACGGAGACACCAUCGUGUCCUUCCUCACUAAAACCAUCAACAAGUUCCCUCCCUGGCUCAAACUGGUGGUCACAGUCAGAACCACGUUACAGGAGAUCACCAACGCGCUGCCGUUCCACCGUAUCUCUCUGGACAGCCUGGAGGAGAACGACGCCAUAGACCAGGACCUGCAGGGCUACAUCCUGCACCGCAUCCACAGCAGCCCGGAGAUCCAGAACAACAUCUCGCUCAACGGCAAGAUGGACAACACCACCUUCGGCAAGCUCAGCGCCCACCUCAAGGCCCUGAGCCAGGGCUCCUACCUGUACCUCAAGCUCACCUUUGACCUCAUCGAGAAGGGCUACCUUGUCCUCAAAAGCUCCAGCUAUAAGGUGGUUCCAGUCAACCUGGCAGAGGUGUACCUGCUGCAGUGCAACAUGCGCUUCCCCACGCAGUCAUCGUUCGAGCGGGCGCUUCCUCUGCUCAACGUGGCCGUGGCCUCGCUUCAUCCGCUGACCGAUGAGCAGAUAUAUCAGGCCAUCAACGCCGGCUCGCUGCAGGGCACACUAGACUGGGAAGACUUCCAGCAACGUGUAGACAACCUGUCGGUCUUCCUGGUGAAGAGGAGGGACGGUACCAGGAUGUUUGUUCACCCGUCCUUCAGGGAGUGGCUGAUCUGGAGAGAAGAAGGAGAAAAGACAAAGUUCCUCUGUGAUCCGAGGAGCGGUCACACCCUGCUGGCCUUCUGGUUCUCUCGGCAGGAGAACAAGCUGAACAGACAGCAGACUAUUGAGCUGGGCCAUCACAUCCUCAAAGCACAUAUCUUCAAGGGCCUCAGCAAGAAAGUCGGGGUUUCCUCAUCCAUCUUGCAAGGCCUGUGGGUAUCCUACAGUACAGAGGGCCUUUCAGCUGCACUUUCUUCACUCCGAAACCUCUACACUCCCAACAUCAAGGUGAGCCGGCUGCUGAUGAUGGGCGGUGCCAAUGUGAACUACCGCACAGAGGUGCUGAACAACGCCCCUGUGCUGUGUGUCCACUCCCACCUGGGCUACAUGGACAUGGUGGCUCUGCUGCUCGAGUUUGGCGCCUCUGUCGACGCUCCGUCUGAGAGUGGCCUCACGCCGCUGGGCUACGCCGCGGCUGGGGGACACAUGGCCAUUGUGACAGCGCUUUGCCGCAAGAGAGCGAAGGUGGACCACCUGGAUAAGAACGGCCAGUGUGCCCUGGUUCAUGCGGCCUUGAGAGGCCACAUGGAGGUGGUGAAGUACCUCAUCCAGUGUGACUGGUGCAUGGGGUCGCAGCAGCAGCAGUCGCCUCAAACCCAACAACAGGCGUCCUUCACCAAGAGCCACGCAGUCCAGCAGGCCCUCAUCGCUGCAGCCAGUAUGGGAUACACAGAGAUUGUGUCCUACCUGCUGGACCUGCCAGAGAAAGAUGAAGAGGAGGUGGAGCGUGCUCAAAUCAAUAACUUUGACACCCUGUGGGGGGAGACAGCUCUGACCGCAGCCUCCGGUCGGGGGAAGCUGGAGGUCUGUCGUCUGUUACUGGAGCAGGGGGCGGCCGUGGCUCAGCCCAACAGACGAGGCAUCGUUCCGCUGUUCAGCGCCGUCCGACAGGGACACUGGCAGAUCGUGGACCUCCUCCUCACACAUGGCGCAGAUGUCAACCUGGCUGACAAGCAGGGUCGCACUCCUCUAAUGAUGGCCGCCUCGGAGGGACACCUGGGGACUGUGGAGUUUUUACUAUCUCAAGGAGCCUCUCUGUCUCUGAUGGACAAGGAGGGUCUGACCGCUCUGAGCUGGGCCUGUCUCAAAGGACACUUACCUGUCGUGCGCUGCCUGGUGGAGAGCGGAGCCGCCACCGACCACGCUGACAAGAACGGACGCACGCCCCUCGACCUGGCUGCCUUCUACGGCGACUCUGAAGUGGUCCAGUUCUUGGUUGACCACGGCGCCAUGAUAGAGCACGUAGACUACAGCGGGAUGCGUCCUCUGGACAGGGCGGUGGGCUGCAGAAACACGUCGGUGGUGGUUGCCCUGCUCAAGAAAGGAGCCAAGAUAGGAUGUCAGACGCUGCCCAGUCGGCCCCGAGGUCCAGCCACGUGGGCCAUGGCCACCUCCAAACCCGACAUCAUGAUCAUCUUACUCAGCAAACUCAUCGAGGAGGGGGACAGUUUCUACAAGAAGGGGAAGGUGAAGGAGGCAGCGCAGCGUUAUCAAUAUGCCCUCAAAAAGUUUCCACGCGAAGGCUUCAGCGAGGACCUCAAGACAUUCAGGGAACUCAAAGUAUCGCUCUUCCUCAACCUGUCCCGAUGUCGGAGGAAAAUGAACGACUUUGGGAUGGCUGAGGAAUUUGCUACCAAGGCACUCGAACUGAAACCAAAAUCGUAUGAGGCAUACUAUGCCAGAGCACGCGCCAAGCGUAGCAGCAGACAAUUUCCUGAAGCCUUAGAGGACCUGAAUGAAGCCAUGAAGCAGUGCCCCAACAACCGAGAGAUCCAGCGGCUGCUCCAGAGGGUGGAGGAGGAGUAUCACCAGCUCAACCAGGAGGAGCACCAGCAGCAGGACCUGGAGCUGGAGCCUCCUCCCUCCCCUCCUCCUACACCUCCCCCAGAAGACGAGGAGUCCCUGUCCCUGUCCAUGCCUCUCCCCCCUCCCCCAGAGCCCCGUCUGGAGGACAUGGAGCCUGUCCAGGACCUGUUUGAGGACGAGGACUACCUGGAGCAGGAGCUGGAGGCCAUGUCUGUGGGUCUGCCCCCACCCGAGUCUCUCACCAACCCCUCCAGCCUUCCCAUCAUCCAGAGCCCACCGCUGUCCCCAACACAUCCAGAUCAGAUCUACUUAGCGGGAGGUUCGCCCAUGGGCCAGCCCUACGAAUAUCACCCCACCUCUUCCUCCAUGUCCUCUCCAACCCGCGGCUCGUACCAGCCCACAUCGCCCUCCCUCUCCCCGACGCAUCAGAAUCACUAUCGACACAGCCCGCCUCAUACCUCCCCGGUGCACCAGUCGUCCUACGGCUUCAGCCCGCCUUCUAUGGGUAGUGGAGGUCAGGGGAUGGAUCACCAGAGCCCACCGCCUUCUCCUUUACGUCGGGCAGCUCAGUACAGAGCCAGUCCACCAGUAGAGAGUGUUUGUCUGUACAGGUCCCAGUCCGGGUCACCUGUGCGCUACCAGACAGAGCAGCUCCCCGGCCGACCCAAAUCCCCCCUCUCCAAGAUGAGCAGCCAGCGUUCGUUCCAGCUGAGCUCGCAGCAGUCUCUGUCCUCGCAGCACCACCAAGCCCAAGGCCUUCGUCUUCAGCCUUCUAUAGCCCAAAUAGUCCGCACAAACCAGCCCAGCAACGUGAUGGGCAACAGCCUCUACAGCGGCCAGAUGGGACACUCCAUGAGUGGUCGCUACCAGGGGGGUUCGGUGGAUGUCGAGAGCCGGCUGGUGUACCAGCCCUCCUUGGAUGGACGGUCCAUGCCCCAGGUGCAGGCCAGCCUCAGCUCUGGGGCCCUCUGUCAGCACGGCGGCCGAGGAGGGGUUAUGGAGUCGGGCCUGUUGAAGGAUGAGCUACCCCAGCGCCCCUCCUCUGCCUACCGCGCCAGCAGCGGGGGCCCGGGGGGCAUCCGUUACAGCCAGACGCCCCAGAUAAGCCGCAGCCAGUCAGCCGCCUAUUAUCCAGUCUCCGAACACGUACUGGAGCGAGCCAAUGCCAUGCCCCCCUGCCAGCUGGGUUCUCCCGAGAUCCCCCACAUGGUGAGACGCCCCGUCAGUGCCAAUACUACUGAGAUGAAGCAGCACGUGCCCACCCCGAGGCCUCUCAUCCACUCACAGAGCGUAGGCCUUCGAUUCUCCCCGUCCAGCAACAAUAUCUCAACUGGAUCCACCUCCAAUUUAGCGCCGGGCUUCAGGCCGUCCUCUUCCAUUCAGCAGAUGGAGAUCCCCCUGCAAGCCACAUACGAGCGCUCCUGUGAUGACAUCUCCCCAAUCUCUCCCUCUCAAGGCGGCGGGGGGCUGUAUCCAGGCGAGACCACACGCUCUCGGAACACGCCCUUCAUGGGCAUCAUAGACAAGACGGCGCGGACUCAGCAGUACCUGCAUCAGCCCUCGCGGUCCAGGGCCAUGACGUCCAUGGACUCCGCUAUCAGCCCCACCUCGCCUGGCCAGCUGGUCCAGCAAGGCUCCACCUACAGCCCCCCCGCCUCGCUGGGCAACAUCGCCUACUACAACAAGACUAACAACGCCCAGAACGGACACCUGUUGGAGGAGGACUACUACACCCAGACGCAGCCCCCCUCGCUGGGCAAGCUGGCCAACGGCUCCCGCGGCAGUGGGGACAUCCUGGAGCGGGUCAGCCAGGUGCCCACCUAUCCGGAUGUGAAGGUGGCGAGGACUCUGCCCGUGGCACAGGCCUACCAGGACAACAUGUAUCGCCAGCUCUCGCGUGACUCCCGGACCCAAGGCCCCACCUCCCCCAUCAAACCAAAGAGACCAUUUGUGGAGUCAAACGUGUGAUGGCCUGCCUGUGAUUGGUUGGUCGGACUGGGCUUGUCAGUGGGAGUGAGAGGAGGAAAAUAUUUAGCUCGACAGCAGAUGCUGCUGACCCCUUGUGUAUGUGACAUGGACGGACUCAUCUUAAAGAACUCACCAGAGAGAAACCCACUCAGCCGGCACACACACACUUAGGGUAUUAGACAUUAUCUUAUAUGAGAAACAUAACUAACAGUGAAAGCGAUUAUUUCAUUAUCAUAUUCUGCACACAGGUGGGACAACAGGAGGGUCCUCAGUUCUGAUCUCAUACUGAAUCAAAGACCGGUGCACUUCCAGAAUGUUGUGUGGCACAAAGUUCCCACAGGUGAACACGACAGGUGGGACUGUGAGAGUGAAAGUACUAACCAUCGGACUCGACUCGUGGACUCUGUAUCCAUCUUCUGUUCUUUCAAAGUGUGCUCUUAACCAAGGUUGCUAGUAGGCUCUAUUCUAUGUAAUACAAUAUUAUAUGUUCAAUACUGUACAUUGCUCAGAAAAUACAAAUGGCUCAACAAAACUCAGUACUUAGAGAAAAAUGACAAUAUUUAUAAUUAAGUUAUAUAUUGUACAUAGAAAGAAAACAUAGUUUGCGUUUGAAUUGUAUUCUGUUAACCCUGCCUUUGUGUCCCACUGCUAGUCAUAUGGAUGUGGAAACCGAUCAGGGCGAGGAACGAGGGACAUCGACCAACUUUGAAUGACGUAAUUACCUCUAAUGUGUCGAAAUAAAAAGGAUUCUGUCGUGGUUUAAUGCUAGAAGAUGCAGUAGGUCCUAAACGAUGUGAAGGACGUAACUAGCAGGUUUAUCAAUUAAUCUGCAAUGUUUUUUCUGUAAAAUGUCGGAAAAUAGAAACAAUAUGUCCGGUAUGAUUCCCGCAGUCUGAGAGCGGAGGCUUCAAAUGUAAGGUUACCAUCAGAAAGUCUGGCCAGUUUAUUUCCUGUCAACCGAGCUAUAGAUUAAUUAUUUUUAGCUCUACGUUAAUAAACACACGAGAAUUCAGAUCUUACACAAAGUACCACAGAGUGCUUCAAAAGUUUAGCUGGAAUUAAAAUGCUUUUGUCAGAGUUAAAAAUGAUGCUUACACCUAUUUUGCAUCUUCUUUUGUUCAUUAAAUCAUUUUUGAAAACUACGUAAAUACGUAAACUAUGAUUUUCUAUAUUUCCUGUAUCACAGACCUCAUGAUAAGCAUUCAUGCAGUGAUACUUAACUUCAGGCCACCACAGCGUGCCGGGUGGCCCGCCAACCACUUUCUAAUUCACACUGGGAAUUUUUUUUGUACUCUGAAUGUAAAUAAGGCACCAGAGUGCACGGAAAAGCUUAAAAAUCAAGCUUUAUUUUGGUAAAGUGCCAGGGGAGGAACCUCUAGACCCCCCAGCAGACAUCCGGACUAAGCCCACCCCUGCGUACACCUGAGCCGUGCUGCGACUGGAUUUGCCUUUUAGCAAAGAAGUAAAGAUGAGUGAGGACAGCAAACAUUAAAAGAUUAAACAGGGCUGCACCAUAUGCAAAAAACAUAUAUAGUUUUAUUAUUUUGACAGAUACUGCGAUUUGAGUCACGAUUUUAGCGGUAAUAGCAAUUUUUGCAUCUGAUUUUCACUUUUAAAAAAUGAUGUGAUUUUAUUUUCUGGGGUCUGUGCCUAAUAAGCAUGUUCCUUUACAUCUGGAAUAUGAUUACGGGAUGUUGUGACACAUUUUACCUUUAUCAGAAAUUGCAGCUCCCAAGAUUCGGAUAUUACACUUGGCAGUAUUGUGAUUUCUAUAAUAUUUCGAUUUAUUAUAAUAAUAAUAAACUACUUAUAAAGCGCUUUUCAAAACAAAGUUACAAAGACUUUUACACAGUUGAUCCUGGAUUCAAAACAAUGUGGAAUUCAAGCAAAAAAAAUGAGUCAAUUUUAAGAAAAUGCAAAAAACAAAAAAUAAAAUACCGUCACUGAAGCAGAUAAGCAAAGAUGGCAACUAAUUGCCGUGUGGAUUGUGCUGAGGUACAGCAGAUCAAACAAUCAGAGUAACACAUUCAGCCCUAGUUGAAAUCAGGCAAUUCAUUUAUUAUAUAUACUGAUAAAUAUUGUUAAUGUUUAUUUACUGGCCUCCUGUCAUUUUUGCAAAAGUGGCCCUCGGGGAAAGCAAGUUGAGAAUCUCUGCUGUAGUGUCAAGGCUGCAAUCUCUACACGUAGUCUGACAUAUUGGACCUGCUCCCUGUCAGUAAACAACUUUGAAUACUAGCUUAAUCAAACAACAUCAGUUGCUGUAGCUUUGUACAAGCUCAUAGGAUUGUUUUUGAGUCAACUCAUGGAAGUCAAGUUGAACAAAAAUCUGGCCUUGUUUGUAAUUUGAAUCUCCAGCUCCAGGAAUCUUGCGGGUCAGAUGAUGAGUGACUUCAUCACGUGGCGCACGAGCAUCAAAGUUCGCCUUUGUCCCUCCUCCGCGGGUGAUUACGCUGCGUGUUCCUAACAGAGAGCGUACAUAUGCUAGUGAUGGGUUAACAUGGAUAGUGCUCAGCGAUUAAAAGCAAGCAAAUGCAUACACGACCACUGUUACAGACGUUUCCCUCUCUCCUGCAUCACCUCGUUUCUUUUUACCCACGAUGCAUUUUUAUUCCGCCACUUCUUCUGCACUAAAAAUGCCUGUUAAGUUCUUAACUAAGGGUGCACUUUAUGUAUUUUACUUACUUUUGUUGUUAACGGUUGUUGAAUCUGGAGAAAGUGGGCGUGUGAUCAGGCAGACCUCCGACCGGUGAGACUAUCAUAGACACUAUUAUUAUAUGAUUUACAAAAGCAGCGAUGAAUGACAAUAUGAAGAGCAAACAAUGUUUUUAAACCGGUGAAGAUGUAUAGACUUUCUAGCACAAGUUGUAUAUACUGACUCAGAUGUUCCACUUCGGGUCCAGCGCGGGUUUGUGAGUGAAGCAAGAUCAUAUUUAAGUAUUCCACAUCAUUAGAAAAUAUCCAUUAAAGUCCUCUAUCUCUAAAGGAGCCAGUCUAAUCCACUGGUCUUGCACACAUCUUGAAAUUAAGUCAAAUCUACUGCAACAAAAAAAAGUGUGACUGAGGUUCAGUGCUCAGAAACUCCAUAUUUGGAGUUUGGGGUGAUCGAGAAAGUGGAAGAAUAUUCAAGUUAUUUGUAUAUGUGGGAAAAGUUACGGACCAUUUGUCUGUAACGUUUUAUUUUGGUUUCUCUGAUAAAGAAUAUCUAAAGAGUUCAUUCUCAGUUUCACCUGCUACCAGAGAGAUGCCCUACUUAUCUUUACAGAAAUGAAGGUAUAAACUGUAUUAUACUUAAUUUAAGAAGACUUCUAGGUUGAGGACAUUCGAGGGUGUAUGGUUUCAAGCUGUCUAUGUAUAUUAGUUUGCUGUAAAUAGUCCGAUGCAUGUUCUAUUCUUUCCAUGAGCUCAAGCGGAAACAUGUAUAGCAGUGUUCUGACUCUGGUGUGCGACACGCGCGACGCUCGGAUCAAGAUAAGGAGACCGCUCUCCCCCCCUGAACUGUCCUUAUCAUUUUCCCUUCAACCUCACCAGACAAAAAGCAAAAGGUUUUCUUUUCUUUUAUUUUAAUGUAUUUGCUUGCUGAGCAGAGUUCUCUUGUCUGUAAAUGUGAGCUUUCAGAUCGCUGUGAUAAAAAGUUUAAUUAAAAACAAUAAAAAAGAAUGUGUUUUUAUCUCAUGAUAACUGAUUGUAAUCUGUACAGUCAAACAUAUGUAUUGGAGGAAACAAAAAAAAGAACAUAUUUAUAAAUGGUUACCAACUGAAACACGCCCUGCAUGUCAGUCAUUUAUUUUAAUGAUUAUUUGGAUCUAACAUACAGACGUCAUUUUCUUAUUUUGGAUGAUUUUGGUCCACAAAACAAACAUAUACCUCCAGUGUGUCGACAAGCUUCUGUGCAAUAUGAUGCAAUUCAAUACAACUCCAGAAUACACUGCAUUUUUAAAGCUAUUAAUGUUUAAAUCAAAGGUGUUGUUGCAUCGGAUUUCAUGAUAUCGUUAAAGAUAUACUAUGCAGGAUUUUAUCAAACAAUGUCAUCCCUCUCAAUCAUCACUUAUGACUAACUACAAGUGUGUGGUGAUGCCUUUAUCUGCAGAGACACUGCCCGUGUUUUCCAGCACAUCGUGACUCCCAACUCCUCAAAUACCGACACUUGGUCAGUUGCCCUUGGCAUCAAACUAUGACACUCCAGUUACACAUACAGCAACAGUUUUGGAUGCUCAGGGACAGAGUGUCGGUUCACGCUUGUUAAAUGCAUUCUGUCCUUUCAAGCUAAACUUGGCGUGUAGGUAAAAAACUUUUGGGGUUUUUUAGGUUUAAAAGUCAACAAAAAGUACGUGGUUAGGUUUAGAAAAGAAAUGGCUUGGCUUAAAAUAACAUGGAUUUUUUUUAAAGUAAAGUAAUGUCACAUAUGUCACUAGCAUAGUUAGUUUGCUCAUUUUCCGUAACCACUUAUCCUGUUAGGGGUCGUGGGGGGGCUGGAGCCUAUGCCAGCUGACACUGGGCGAGAGGCAGGGUUCACCCUGGACAGGUCA